AUGAAGCAGUUCAAGCUAGAUACAUUCCGCAUUCCUGGCACCACAGAUUCUCACGAUUCCCGUGGAAACCAGCGGCAGCAGUUCUUCGUCGAGCGCGAUCCAAGUGAUCACUGUAGCACCGGACACAAGUGCGGGAACCAGCGCAUGCAGCAAGGAGUCCAAGCUGCACUUGCGCUUGACAGUACGCCCGGAAACGGUAUUGCUUUGAUGGCCGAUGAUCUCAUUGAGAAAGGCGAGUUUGUGGCCUAG